CUCACUGUCACUUGUGCUUUCAGCUAUCCACAAUCGAGGUCUCUCGGAGCUUCCCAUAUUGCAAUCUUAAUCAAUGAUUCACAAGAAUCCCGACAAUUGAGUCACACAACUUCCCGUUCUAAAUUCGAGACUUGCAUAGUAGCCGUUUAUAGAGCUUUGACCGGGCAACCUCUCUUCCUAUCAAUCUUUUGUAUAGACUUCCAUGACCAUCUCUUGAGAGUUACCUUUGAAAUAUCCUCUUUCCUUUCCAAAACUAAAGUCAAUUUAUUAGCAAUUUGGCAUCACAGACUGAAUAUUCCAUCUCAUUAUGUUGAUUCAAAAAUUUGGGAAGCUUUUGCUUCCUCUUACUAUCCUGGCAGUCCAGGUCUUUGCACAGGCAGAUAAGGCUAAAUGGGAUGCGGUCUGUAAGCAAAGUAAGAUUGUCUUCUGAACCUUUUGAUGGACUGAUUUGCUAAUUCUAGGCAGAGGCUGGACCGCAAUUUUGUGAGUUAAUGAAAUAGCCCAAAUUGUCUGCUCUCUCUGACGAAAUUCUUAGCUAUGCAGUUCGACGCAGCUGGCAGUAUGCUCUUCCCAGACUGUUUGAUAGAUCGGUACUUACUGGUGUUUAGAACCUACUGGGCAAUGUGUCGCUCCUCCUAUCACGAGCUGUUAUUGGGGUCCAUACACUGUAACAAAUUCCCUUCUUACUGGAAAUCUUCAAUUCUAAACUCUAUUAGGAUCCAAAGGACCAGAAAUCAAAAUGUUGCGGCAAAGAUAAGGUGAGUACUUUCGGCUGUGUUUCUAAUUCAUAAGUUUAAUAUAGGAUUUCUAGGGAACUUUCAGUGUAGAUCCCGUGAUCAAGACAGAGGGAGCAUGUUGCGUCGCCCCAAGUGUGUUCUCGUUCGAUUCUGCUACGCAGAAGGGAGACUGUUGUGAUGUGGGUAAAUCGUACCAUGCGGAUCCAAAGACGUUAUCUGGUAGCUGCUGCCAGAAUUCGGACGAUGUGUAUACCUGUGAUUGUUCUUGCAAGUAAGUCUUCAUUCCAGAGAAUAGCGGAUGUAGGAUUUACUGUAUUCGUACUAAAACCAAACACAGGCCAAAUCCAAAUCCUACUUGCCCUAAGGGCGACCGAAGAACGUUCACAGCUGGUGGCAAGAAGUAUAUUCUCUACUGUAAUUUGAGUUAGUCACCACUUUUCUAUGCAGCCAUUCAGUGCAGUUCUGACGAAAUUCUAGUAAAUCAUGGAACAAAUGAUUUAGGCCAAGCACCCGCAGAUACUAUGGGCGACUGCAUGAGUCGUUGCUCCGGCAUUAGUAAUUGUGUGCGCGCCAUCUACGCGCCAUCUUCCAAAAUCUGCUAUUUACGAACCCACGGUAAUAAGGAUGUACCCGUUACAGCUGAUGGCUAUGAUAGCGCUCAUCUCAUUGAGGAACCCACGACUACUCAAUGCCCGGUAUGUCCUAGCAUUAGUCCCAAGCCAGAACCUUUCCCCGAUAAGUGCCCCGGUGCCGAUAGCAAAAUUACCAUUGUUGGGGGGGUAGAGUAUAAGGUGUACUGCACCGUAGGGCACUCAGCAUCUAAUCCCAACUUGGGGGUAUCAAGUGCAAAGAAUUUCAAGGAGUGUAUGGAGCAAUGCUGUGAGUUCUACUUCUCCCCUAGUAUUAUUGACAUGAUGAUCUGGAAGACUCUAGAGUGAGAAAAUACUAAUUCGUGGAUCUAGCUGCAAAAGCAAAGCCAUUCUGUCAGGGUGUUAAUUAUUAUGACGAUGGAAAUCCUACUGAUAAUUGCGUAUGGGCGAGCGUCUGGGACAGUCCUCCAAAGGGUACGGCGCCUGCUGGAGGAGAUUUCUUAUGUGCUAUUCCUACUACACAAAGGACUUAGUAAAAAAGGCAUCCGCAAAUACUUCCUGGCUCAUGUAACCUUUUUUCCUUUCAAAGUGGCGAUGAUGGGGUGGACGAGAAGAGGAGGUUACAAUCGGGUUUUGGGGGCGGGAGAUCAAGUGUUACUUUAGGCUCAAAUUUCAAUGACAACACUUUUGAAACCGGAUAGAACGAUGUA